CCCCAUCGUGCGGCUGCAGACUGUAAUUUCUUGCGAAGAAAGAAGUCGGGCUCGGCCCGUUCGCGGGCAAGAGUUCGUGCCCAGACUCCAGACUCCAGAGGCGGAAGGCAGGCGAGCGAGGAACCCUAACGAGGAGGCAGUCCCAGAUCCCGCAAGGCAGCGACAAUGGCGGCGCUUCUACGACAGGGGGCGAGGAGGAUCGGUGGCGCCGUGCUCCAGCGAACCCAGGUGGCGGUCACAUCACCGGCGGUUGCAGAGGAGCGACGCCGGCUCGUGGCAAGGCGCAUGUACAGUACCAAGAAGCAAAUUACUGAGGAGCUUACUCGCAAGAUCCAGCAGAAGAAAGAGGAGCUCUAUGAUUUGAUGCUCAAGGCGGAGCAGAGCAUUUGGACUAGUAGCUUUAGUAACAAGCGCCUACUCCAGCUUCUUUCCGUACAUUUGAAGCCAAGACCGGGAGACACCAAGUGGCAGCUGAUGUGUUUAUCCAAAAGGGCAAUCAAUGCCUUUGAGAUAGCGGGGCUAGUUGCAUUAAGCAGCCUCAUUAUUUCUGCUGGACUUGGUUUCAAACGUUUGGUUGGUGAGAGGAAGUUGAUCGAGGCCAUGGUUGUGGAAGAUAUGCGUAAAGCGGAGGCAGCGCUCGUCUCGCCUGAUUGAGAAUCAGCCUUGAAGACUGAAGACAACAUCUUCAUUUGAUGAAGAAGCAUCAGGCCCUCUUGUAGAGGGAGGGAUGCCAACUCGUUAAAUUAUUACUAGUGUUCUGAUGGUCAUUCUUGCAAUGUUCUUAUGAUGUGCUAGCUAGAACUUUUGAGUACAAGUCUGUUAUAUUUGUGAUAAUGUUGUGUGACAUGCUAUAUGCUAUGAUAUAUGGAAUGCUAAUCUAGUUGAUGAUGA